GCGCGCUUGUUGUCUCUGAAGGCAUCAUGGCGGCGCCCUGUGCUCAUGUGUACGCUAAACUACACACGGCGUAAUAACCUCACGUGUGUGACCCUGUUUUCAGAUAUUGGGGUUUUAUUUUUUUUGGGGGGGGGAAACAGUUAGAAAUCAUGGCUCUGCGCCUGUGCGAGUCGUUUCUGUGCAGGAUUUUGCGCUUUUCCGUGGAAUCUGCGUCACUGCGUCUGAGCACAGCUCAUCGUGGCGGUGCAGUGAGGAACGCUGCGUUUCGCUUUCUUCCCUUCCGUUACGUCUCCACCGAGGCUUUUCUGGACAGACUGCUGAAAGAACGGAUGCUAGGCUCUGCAGAGAAUCCUGCAGACUCCCCGGCUCAUGCUGCAGUUCCCCCGGAUAAAGUUGAGCAUUUUUCCCUGAUGCUGAAAGUUCCAGAUCAACCAGAAGAUGCAAAGGUUUUAAGAGUGGCUAUAAUCGGUGCUCCAAAUUCAGGGAAAUCAACACUGACUAAUCAGCUCCUGGGCAAAAAGCUGUUUGCAGCCUCCCAAAAAGUGCACACUACGAGGUCCCGUGCACUCGGGGUGAUCACGGAGGACAAUACUCAGAUUAUUCUGCUGGAUACACCUGGUCUCACUACACCAUCGAAAGCUAAAAGGCAUCAGCUAGAAAAGACUUUUCUUGUGGAUCCACUGAAAUCAUUACGACAAGCCGAUCUAGUGGUGGUGUUGGUGGAUGUCUCCGACAAGUACUCGCGUAGGUUGGACUUUGAGGUGCUGAAGUGUCUGGCUUUGAACGCCGGUAUUCCUGCUGUCCUCGUCCUCAAUAAGGUGGACCUUCUGAAGGGCAAACCCUUGCUGCUAGACAUUACCGCUGAGCUGACCGAGGGAGUAGUGAAUGGCAAGAGGCUAAAAGUCCGCAGCUUAGUGAAACCGCUCCAGAAAGACACAUCGGAGAAGCAAUUGGAAAAGACUUCAGGUCUGCCGAACAAAGAAAUGCAAAAUCCAGGCAAUCAGCUUCUAACAGGCCUGAGUGGAGAGCAGCUGAGGGCCCUGAAGAGCCGUAAAGGUUGGUCACACUUCAAGGACGUGUUCAUGAUGUGUGCUACAGAUGGCGAGGACGUUCAGACACUGAAGAGUUAUCUGAUGGCAGAGGCGAAGCCAGGACCGUGGCAGUACCACAGUGCGGUUCUCACAGAUCAGAGCCCGGAGGACAUCUGUACCAACGCAAUCCGAGAGAAAUUGCUGGAAUAUCUGCCUCAGGAGGUGCCUUACACAGUAACUCAGCACAUUGAACUCUGGAGGGAAACGGCCGACAACAAAUUGGACAUAGCUGUCAAACUGCAUGUGAGAAAGGACAGCCAUAUGAAAAUGGUGAUUGGUCCUGGGGGACAGCUGAUCGCUCGAAUAGCUCGGGAAGCAGGACUGGACCUCACAAACGCUUUCAUGUGUGAAGUGCGGCUGAAAAUAUCUGCUACGCUGAAGAACUGAAGUGGUUCAAAUUCUGCACUGCAAUUUAUUAAAAAAAAAUUGGCGAAUUUGCUGUACGAUCUGCAAACGCUCCAGAGUAAAGUCCAGACUUCAACGACGACGAUUAUUUGAGGCUUCAGUUUGUAUCGUGGACAACAUGUGAACUGUCUUAUCUCUCAGCCAGCUUUGUGUUUAACAGUCACAUUUGGGACAGAGGCUGCUUAUGAACUUGAGCUGCCCAUGCAGUGUCCUAGGACUUUUUAGCCCCGAGUCUAUUUAUUAUUAGUAAGGUCUUUAUUCAGAAUCUCAUUUUAGCAGCAGGAUACAUCAUGAAUAAAUCAGCAUUGUUCCAGAACGGCUGAAAAUGUGUCCCGGUCGGAAUUGCUGAUGAGGUUCAAGCAGAGUUGAAGUUUUGCCUCUAAUGGGCUCUCUUUCUUUGCCAAGCUGCUCAGACCUGUUUUUGACCCCCGAUUCUCAUUCAGCCAAAUCGGAGACAAGUUUUUCUAUCAUUCAAGAUAUUUUUUUUUAUAGUCAUACUAAUUCUAACUGCCCUUGUUAGGUUAUAUAAUGAAACUGUAAUAGGGAGGGUCACGAUCAUAUUUGAAGGCGUCUUCAGUAAACAUGUCUAUGGCUGAAUUCCAGGGUCACAAAAAAAUGACGUAUUCAGGAAUAAAAAAAAAUUAAUUAAUUUUUGUACAAUACGAAAUGCUUUAUGCAAAUGAUAAAUAAAUUGGAAUGAAACACCACCUCA